UUUUGCUCGGAUUCUCGCAUGUCUUUUCGUAGUGGUGUGUAUAAUAAUUUCAAGGGUGUCUUUGAUUGUGGCGGCGGAACGUCGGAAAGUCUCUGUUUUCUUCACCUCCAGAGCUUCGCGAAGUUACGUCGGGCAGGCACAAAAUCGAUUGUUUUCGUGAAGUGUAAAGCGAAUUUCACGCGUGAAAGUGUGGCGAAAUGGUGUAACGGUGCGUGACGGGUGAAUUCCAAGUGGUUGUGAUGGAGGUUGUCAGCUUUGCAAGAUAAUUUCCAAGUCCUUCCUCCGACGCCACCAACCACAAACGAUUCCUACAGUUAUGAAUGAUCACCAUCGCAACCAACCAAACAACGACUCACUUCAAAGCGCCUGAAAGGCAGGCAAGAUGUGUUCUGCGUCGUCACAGCCUACUACGCUGAACAACCAGCCGUCUCCACUGAAGUCGUCGUGCUUUGAGGGGAAGGAGGAAACAGUGCGAAAAGCUGAAAAAGAAGAAGAAGUUUUAUUGUAACAUGUGCCAAGUGGGGAAAAAGCAAAGAAGAAAACCGGAAAGAAGAAGAAGAGGAAAAGGGUGUAACGAAACGUGAAAGCUUGGGUAGAGGCAGCCUUCCCGGAACGAGCGGGAAAGGAAAUCGGUUUCGACUGUUGUGACACCGCACAGUGGUGGUUACACAUGUGAUGUAACGUUACAGAAAACAAAAGGGAAUUAUUUCGUGUUCCAUUAGAGAGAGAAGAAAAAAAAGUUGAAAAAAGAAUGUUAUUUCUGGUUGUGAGUCGCUGCUGUGAGUUGUGUUCAAUUUAAGGGAAGUUUGUGAAGAGGAAAGAAGGGGGAGAAAGUGAAACAGGAUACAUACGUCUACGUUUAAGUGAAGGAAAAAAAGGAAAAAAGGCUCGACCAUGUUGAUAAAGGAGUAUCGCAUUCCGCUGCCGUUGACGGUCGAGGAGUAUCGGAUAGCGCAGCUCUACAUGAUUGCGAAAAAAUCCCGCGACGAAAGCAGUGGCGCCGGCAGCGGCGUUGAAAUCAUCGUCAACGAACCGUACACGGACGGCCCGGGUGGAGGUUGCGGUCAGUACACGCGCAAGAUCUACCACGUGGGCAGCCACCUGCCGGGUUGGAUCAAGGGCCUCCUUCCGAAGAGUGCCCUCACGGUGGAGGAGGAAGCGUGGAAUGCGUACCCGUACACAAAGACCCGCUACACGUGCCCCUUCGUGGAGAAGUUUUCGCUGGAGAUUGAGACGUACUACUUCUCGGACAAUGGCCACCAGGAGAAUGUGUUCCAGCUGAGCGGGGGGGACCUGCGGAACCGGAUGGUGGACAUCAUCGACAUCGUGAAGGACACGCUGCAGGGCGCGGAUUACACCCGGGAGGAAGAUCCGACGCUGUACUGUUCGGAGAAGACGGGCCGGGGUCCGCUGGGGGAGAACUGGCUGGCGGAGUAUUGGGACGAGGUCCGUGGGAAGACGCAACCCACCGGGCGGAACAUGUCGUUGAUGUGUGCGUACAAGUUGUGCCGGGUGGAGUUCCGCUACUGGGGGAUGCAGACGAAGCUGGAGAAGUUUAUCCACGAUGUGGCGCUGAGGAAAACGAUGGUGAGGGCGCACAGACAGGCGUGGGCCUGGCAGGACGAGUGGCACGGGUUGACGAUGGACGACAUCCGGGAGAUUGAGCGGCAGACGCAGCUUGCGUUGCAGAAGAAGAUGGGCAAUGAGGGGGAGGACGGAGAGGGAGGAGAUGAGGAUGAUCGUUCCACCUCGGAAAACAACAGCAGCAGCCGCCAAUCCACAAACCAGUUCAACUCGAUCGAAAAAACCGAAGAAAACUCGACGCCGCAGGUGAUGAAGAAACCUGCCCCGCUCUCCCCACCACCCCAACUCUCCCGUCAACACCCUCCAGCACCGAUUCUGCAACCUCCGCCAAAGCUCAAAAAGCACCCGCCGACGCUGGACAGCUCCGACGAGGAUGAGGACGAGGAGGAGGACGAAGAAGAACAAAUGGACAAUCGCCGUCACGGAGGGCUGCGGACGAACCACCUGGGAGCGACCACCGGCGGAACUAUGGCCGGGAUGGGCCAGAGUCGGCAGCUGGGCGGUUCCAAGGGGCAGCUCCACUCGCCGCUGGGGUCGGCGCACAGCUUUGAUUUGCAGAAAGCAAAUCACAAUAAGUUAAAGAAGAAUGUUGCCAACUGGAGAAUGGAAAAGCUGGAAGUGGAUUCCAAAUCGGGCUCGGAGGAGGAGUUCUUCGACUGUUUGGGCGACCUCGGCGAGCAGGCCUCCCUUGCCAAGUGGAGCUCGCUGGAACUUCUCGCCGAGGAGGACGACUCGCCGCCGGUGGUCGGCCUCGGUUCGCACCGCAACCACCAGGAGGACUCCAUCUUCAGCCACAGCUACCUGCAGCGGGUCGCGUCGGAACGUGGCUCCCGGCGGCCCACCCUCGGCGCCUCCUCCAGCAUAGACCGGGGCCACAACGGCGGAGCGGACUCCCCGCCCGGCUCGCCCGGCUGUCCGUCCUGCCCGACGACGGUGCUGGUGCUGAUCAUGCACUCCGGAUCGGUGCUGGACGCGACCUCGGACAUGACGGCGAAAAAGUCCGACGUGACCACCUUCCGGGGGGCGUUCGAAUCGGUCAUGCGGCAGCACUACCCCUCGCUGGUUGGCCACGUCGCGAUCCGAAUGGUUCCUUGUCCUUCGGUGUGUACCGACGCCCUUGGAAUUCUGUCCAGCUUGAGUCCGUACUCGUUCGAUGCGUCGCCUUCGACCGCGGACAUUCCGAACCUGACGGACAUCCCGAUUGGGGCGAUUCCGCUGUUGACGACGUGCUCGCCGGAUUUUCAGGACGCGGUGAAUCGGGCCGUGGCCAGCGCGAAUAUGGUCUACGCCGAGUUUCUGCGAAGUGACGAAGGCAAGGGCUUCAGCGGUCAGGUUGCGCUCGUCGGGGAUUCCAUGGGAAGUGUGCUCGGGCAUGACGCCCUCUGUCGGAACCAUUCCAACCGGCACGGGUCGGAAGCUUCUGGGUUGGACCACCUGGUGGACUUUGUCGAGGUCAACGAUCUGGACGCGAGUAAACUGUUGACCGCACCUUCCCCGCGGCGAAGAUCUUCCUCGACGAGUGAGUCCCGACUGCCGAAGCUGGAGUUUGAGGUUGGAGACUUCUUCAUGUUUGGAAGUCCGCUGGCGGUGGUACUGGCCGCGAGGAGACUCAGCGAUAGUCGGUACGGGACGGGGAAGCCGGCGUGUACGCAGAUUUACAACCUGUUCCACCCGACCGAUCCGACGGCGUCGAGACUGGAACCCCUCCUAAGCGCCCGCUUCUCAAUGCUCGCCCCAGUAAACGUCCCCCGCUACGCCAAGUACCCCCUCGGCAACGGUCAACCGUACCACCUCCUCGAACUCAUCCAGUCCAGCCCGCAGAUCUUCGCCGACGGCCCCUCGAUGGCCUCCGCUCGCCGUCUCUCGGACGCCUCAAUCCAAAGCGCCGCCUCAGGAAUGAUCGACAACGUCCCGCUCACCACGAUCAACGCCCUUCAGCAACGUUGGUGGGGCUCCAAGCGUCUCGACUAUGCCCUGUACUGUCCGGACGGACUAAGCAACUUUCCUGCGCACGCCCUGCCGCACCUCUUUCACGCGUCGUACUGGGAGUCAAGCGAUGUGAUUGCGUUCAUUUUGCGCCAAAUUGGCCGGUUUGACAAUCUGACGUUGGUUGGGGGCGGGGACGACAAGGACGGAGGCGCGAUGAGUUCGUUCCGGCCGGCGCAGGCGAGGGAGAAGUGGAACCGGAAGCGGACCUCGGUGAAGCUGAAAAACGUGACGGCGAAUCACCGGGCGAACGAUGUGAUCGUGAAGGAUGGGGAGCCGCAGCGGUUGGUGGCGAGGUUUAUGUAUGGACCGCUGGAUAUGAUUACGUUGGCGGGCGAAAAGGUCGACAUCCACGUCAUGAAGGACCCUCCGGGCGGCGAGUGGAACCUGCUCGCAACGGAGACCACCGACAAAACGGGUCGCAUCAGCUACGCCCUGCCGGAGGAGAAAACCCUGGGCUACGGAAUCUACCCGAUCAAGAUGGUCGUCCGCGGGGAUCACACGUCGGUCGUUUACCUCACGGUCGUCCCACCCCGGACGGAGUGCGUCGUGUUCAGCAUCGAUGGGUCCUUCACGGCAUCGGUUUCCGUCACGGGGAAAGAUCCGAAGGUGCGGGCGGGGGCGGUGGACGUUUGUCGCCACUGGCAGGAGUUGGGCUAUCUGUUGAUUUAUAUUACCGGCCGGCCGGACAUGCAGCAGCAGCGCGUUCUUUCGUGGCUCAGCCAGCACAACUUCCCGCACGGGCUGGUCUCGUUUGCGGACGGACUGUCGACGGAUCCGCUGGGGCACAAGGCGGCCUAUCUGAACGGGUUGAUGCAGACGCAGGGUGUCGUGGUACAUUUGGCUUAUGGCAGCAGCAAGGACAUUAGCGUUUACACGAGCUUGGGGCUGAAGCCGAAGCAGAUCUUCAUCGUGGGGAAGGUUAGCAAAAAGCUCCAACCGCUGGCCACCCCGCUCACCGAAGGUUACGCUUCCCACCUGGCCUCGCUGGUCACCCCGGGUGGAUCCCGGCCCGCCCAGGGCAACGCCCGGAUGGUCAUCCCACGCGGAUGCUUCAACCUGCCCGGCCAAAACCAAUCCAUCCGCCGUCGAAGCAAUGAACCGGGCGUCGGUGGCGGCGUCGUCGUCGUCGGAAUGUCCUCGCCGGCGCGCAGCGGCUUCCUCAAGCGGAAAACAUAUCUUCACUAAAAAGAAUCGACAACAACUACAACAAAGAAAGAAAGAAAUCCUGGUGGCAUUUGAAAAACCGCACGCGCUCGAGCUCCAGCUCUCUCAGCAGCAAUCUCUACAGCAAGCUAAACAUUGAUGUUACUAACACUAUUCUACUCGGAAAUUUCACAAAAGCGGAAGAGGAAGAGUAGAGGAAAAGUUAUCGGUUGGAUUCUGUCACUUGGUACCUGGCUCAAAGAAGACUGUCUCUUACCUGUUGUAAGAACGAACAAACACGUUCAAAAAAACAAAAACAAAAUUAAAACAAAAUGUGAGUAUUAAAAAUCAAGAAAACAAGUGGAAACUCAAACAAGUAAUCUCGUUGAUCUAUUGCAAAACAAAGGAAAAGAAACUGAAAUAAGGCUAAAACAAGCGCUGUUGUUAUAAUUCUGUGUACAGUAGAAUUGAAAGGGGUGAACAAAGAUGACGAAAAAAAUGCAAACAAAAAAACUAUUAAGAGGAAAAGGUGAAAUCUUGUUGAAAACUAUUUGUAAGAAUUACAAAUCAAACAAACAAAAAUCCAGAAAAUAUCAAACCAGCUGUGUACAUGUCAGUAAGUGUAUGUUACGUUAGCAAAUAAAGAAGAAGAAAAAACCAAAAUGGUAAAGAUUCCUUGUGAAGGAAGCAAAAAAAAGGUAAAACUGGGUAAGGUAAGGUCUCUCCACUCUUUUUUGGAUGUUUGUUGAUAUUAACUAAUAGGUAAGAUGAGCUAAAAGCACCCUCCCCUCGAAAGGAUCCAAAAAAAGUAGCAAUUGUGAAAAAUUAGCAAGAGCAAAUCUCGAAGUAAGUGUAACUAAAUGUUAGUGUUCAAAACAAAACAAGAAAAAUGUAGCUAUAUUUAGCAAAAGCAAAAAACUGUUGGUGAAAGAUGAUUAAAGGUAAGAAAACUGUUGAAAGGUAUUCUAAAUAUUUGUUAUAACAAAAUGAGAUAAGUGAAUUAAAAACAGAAAAAAAAUUUAACAAUUGAGUCCCCCAAACCAACCAAACAGGAUUAUAUUUAGUUUUAGUUUGAAACAAACAAACAGGUAAACAACACAUGAUUUGAGAUUGUUCUAGAGGUGAUAUUAGUUUGAUACUCAGACGCGACCAUUUCCCUAGCAAAAUCAAAGAAUGCGAAACAAAACAGACGAAUUUAUUUUAGCAAUCUUUUACCGGGAAAUCACACAAUCAAAACAAACCUAAGAAAAAGAAAAAAAACAAAACAAAACAAAAAACAGAUAAUCUUCGAUGUCAUUCGUUAGCAUAGUCCUUGCAAAGAAAACAAACAAAGAAUCAUCAAAAAAUGCAAACAAACAAAUAAAAAACACAACACAACACACUAUGCUGAAUGGACAAUCCUCGUAGGCUCGAAGCAACACACUGAGAAAAAAAAGAAAUUAAUUAAACAAAAAAACGCGAAUCGAAGCAGCGCUCGAUGUUGUUUUUUGAUUUUUUGGAAGGCUGUAAGAAGUGAACAAAGUAAACAAAACACUCUCUCUUUAAAAGAAAUUAAAAAGGAAACAGUUGAAAAGCUAGAAUCGUAACGUUCCUCGAAGGAAGCGCAAAAACGACACACGCUGAAAAAAAA